CCAAUUUACGUAACACCAGCACUGCAUUUUUUUAUCAUCUCCGCGGAAACCAUUUAAAUAUGGCCCCAAUUUCGAUUCGAAGCAGAAAUUAGAAAUAAAAAAAAUGGAGAAAUCGCUGUUGAUUGUGUUUCUGCUCAUCUCGCUGGUUGGAAAUUUAGGGGUUUAUGCAUUGUACGGACCAUCGUCACCCGUUGUUCAGCUCAAUCCGAACAAUUUUAAGUCCAAGGUCCUUAAUUCAAACAGUGUAGUUUUAGUUGAGUUUUUUGCACCGUGGUGUGGCCAUUGUCAAGCACUGACGCCCACUUGGGAGAAGGCGGCCAAUGUCUUGAAGGGUGUAGCUACUGUGGCGGCUCUCGAUGCCGAUGCUCACAAGUCUCUAGCUCAGGAAUAUGGAAUCAGAGGUUUUCCCACCAUUAAGGUCUUUGUACCAGGGAAAGCUCCGGUAGAUUAUCAAGGAGCCAGGGAUGCCAAGCCCAUCGUUGAGUUUGCAUUGAAACAGGUUAAAACACUCCUUAAAGAUCGUCUGGAGGGGAAAUCUACCGAAGGAUCUAGCAAAAAAUCAGAACCAAGUGCAUCAGUGGAAUUGAACUCGCGUAAUUUUGAUGAGUUGGUUCUCAAAAGCAAGGAUCUCUGGGUCGUGGAGUUUUUUGCUCCUUGGUGUGGACAUUGCAAGAAGCUUGCUCCUGAGUGGAAGAAGGCCGCCAACAGUCUGAAGGGCCAAGUGAAAUUGGGGCAUGUGGACUGUGAUGCAGAAAAAUCCUUGAUGAGCAGGUUCAACGUGCAAGGAUUCCCUACUAUUUUGGUGUUUGGUGCAGACAAAGACAGCCCUUUUCCAUAUGAAGGUGCCAGAUCAGCAUCAGCAAUCGAGUCAUUCGCUUUGGAGCAGCUUGAAACAAAUGCUGCCCCUCCUGAAGUCACUGAAUUAACCAGCCAAGAUGUUGUGGAAGAGAAGUGUGGUUCAGCUGCAAUAUGCUUUGUUGCCUUUCUUCCCGAUAUAUUGGACUCCAAGGCCGAGGGAAGAAAUAAGUAUCUCGAGCAGUUGCUAUCAGUUGCAGAGAAGUUCAAAAAGAGUCCUUACAGUUACCUCUGGGCAGCUGCCGGUAAGCAACCUGAUCUUGAGAAGCAUGUUGGAGUUGGUGGCUAUGGAUAUCCAGCUCUGGUGGCCCUAAAUUUAAAGAAGAAAGCUUAUGCCCCUCUCAAGAGCGCAUUUGAGCUUGAACAUAUCAUAGAGUUUGUUAAAGAAGCUGGACGAGGUGGAAAGGGCAAUUUACCUUUAGAGGGCAGCCCUGUAAUUGAGAAGACCGAACCAUGGGACGGUAAAGACGGGCAAAUAAUCGAGGAAGACGAGUUCUCCCUGGAUGAGCUUAUGGGAGAAGACAGUGUAAGCAAGGACGAGCUGUAGCACCACUUUUAAAUCAUUUUUCAUUUUUACACCUUAGAAAACAAGAAUUCGACCUAAAAAAAAAACAUUUUUUUGACUAUGACGAGUUGUGUAUUGCUUCACGAAUCUACAUUAGCCAUAGCCCUUUCGGAUUCUUUAGUUUAUCUGAUGUAAUAUGAAUUCAAGGGCAAUUCAGUUUGAGUUGAUUUUGCUGUGAUUCCACGAACAAUUGGGUUCGGAUGAAAUCGCUUAGGUAACAAGUACAAUACUUGUGCACAUGCCUAUAUCACUCGUGUAUAUUGCAUAGUUAUAUAUACCUCUACCAACAGAUAAGUCAGUGCACGUAUAGGCGAGCAUCCGAUUUAUUCAGACAGAGAAAUAUUUUUGUGGUGUAUUAAAGGAACUUGUACAGGACAUUCUUAACAAUAUGAUCAGCAACUAGUUUAUUAGUAUGCUGUGUCGGGUGAAAUGCGUCCCAAAACACGUACUUUUCUGCAUCUCUACACGUGAAAGGGUUUUGUUCGUUGCAAAUGUAUCCCAUCUCGAAUGUUCCAGUCGCACAACACGCGGUUCGAGAGACAUCAAACCCUUAUUUUGAUGGGUUUGUAAUGAUUCGUAGAAGCUUAUAGUAAGGAUUGGAGAAAACGAGUCGCAACCCAGGCAACUCCUUGUUUAACCCCAUCACCAAAUCACACAACUUUGCAUUGAAGCUCAUGGCCACCACAUUGUAAUCUUCCCUGCAUUCAUUCCUAUUUGCCACAUUUUGAGCCCUUUCUAAGGGCAUACAACCCAUAGGAGGAAGCCCACCAAGACUGAUCUUACGUGCCCCGAGCCCGUGAAGGUCGUGGAUGAAAUUUCUAGCAAUCCCGAUGAGGAAUUCUUUGUAUUCAUCGAUCGUGUACUGCAAUUUCCUUUGUCUCGGUGGAAAAGCGUAGUAGUUUUCUAAGAAGUCGUUCGUCCCGAUGCUUAACAUGUGCAAUGAAUUGGUGAUGGUGUUCUUGGCCUUCUUGUCACCAAGAUAGGCUCUUAGUUUAGUUUGGUACUCUUUGUAGUACUCCAACUCCCUCCAUAAAGGAAUCACCCCCUAGCACAUCAGAGGUCGCGUUAUCAUAUCCAGUUCCAGCAGAAGCAAAAGUGACUCCCACGGAAAAAGUUGUAAUGUUAUACUCGGGAUCCAAAUAUGCCGGCACAGUGGGCCGGAGGCCCAAAGCCUCCGAGAUAAAGUCUGUGGCGACCCGCCCGUUCGAAAACCUACCUGUGGGCUUCCCGCCUUCGAAAUCACGACCAUACGGCUCGAAAUUGCUCCGAGCAAUCGUGGGGACAUAGUUGUUGUUACCGGCAUCAACUGACGAGUCCCCAAACACGAUGACCGCCGGCAAUUUGGCUCUUGUUGUCGUUAUUAUAAGGAGUAGAAAGUAAUGAAAGCAUAAUAAUGUUGUGUAUGAUAAUAAAAUUUUUGUCAUGACGCAAUAUUUCUU